CCGCCCGCCUCCCCCCCCACCCUGACAUGCCAACCCGGCAGUCGGCGGCGUAGCGGCGUGCGGGCAGCGUACGUGGAGCGGUGGCGCGUGCCGGGGCUCGUUCACCUCGCUGCGGGGCGCGGCCGUUGUUCUUCAGAGGGGUCCGGGAACGGGGCCGGGCGGUUAACGGGUCUGCUGCGGGUAACGGGGCGCUGAGUCCCGCUGUUGUGCCGCUGUCGCGCAGGUUUCCCCCCACCCGCUCCCCGCCGCAGGAUGGAGUUCGAGCUGCUGGAGAGCGACGUGCUGGAGUCGCUGGAGGACCUGGGUUACAAAGGUCCAUUGUUAGAUGACGGAGCACUGGCUCAGGCAGUCUCUCGUGGAGCCAGUUCCCCCGAGUUCACCAAACUCUGUGCUUGGUUGGUAUCUGAGUUACGGCUGUUCUGUAAACUAGAGGAAAACGUGCAGGCAACUAACAGUCCAAAUGAAGCUGAAGAAUUUCAACUCGAAGUGAGUGGGUUGCUGGCCGAAAUGAAUUGUCCGUACACAUCAUUAACAUCAGGAGAUGUGACAAAACGCCUUCUUAACCAGAAGAACUGUCUCUUGCUGCUUACAUACCUCAUCUCAGAACUGGAAGCUGCCAGAAUGCUGUGUGUGAAUGUCCCUCCUAAAAAAGCACAGGAAGGAGGUGGCAGUGAAGUCUUUCAGGAGCUAAAAGGCAUAUGUAUUGCUUUAGGCAUGUCCAAGCCUCCAGCCAACAUAACGAUGUUCCAGUUCUUCAGUGGAAUUGAAAAAAAACUGAAAGAAACCCUAGCAAAGGUUCCGCCUAAUCAUGUUGGAAAACCUCUAUUGAAGAAACAGCUGGGACCAGCUCACUGGGAAAAAAUUGAAGCAAUUAAUCAAGCCAUAGUCAACGAAUACGAAGUCCGAAGAAAACUGUUAGUCAAACGUUUGGAUGUUACCGUGCAGUCCUUUGGCUGGUCAGAUAGAGCUAAGAGUCAGACAGAAAAACUGGCUAAAGUCUACCAGCCAAAACGUGCCCUCUUAUCCACUAAGUGCACUAUUUCUGUUGCAAAUCUUUUGGCAGCUCGGCAAGAUCUGUCAAAAAUUAUGAGAACGAGCAGUGGGUCCAUACGAGAGAAGACUGCGUGUGCCAUUAAUAAGGUGCUAAUGGGCAGAGUGCCUGACAGAGGAGGAAGGCCCAAUGAAAUUGAACCGCCGCCUCCUGAGAUGCCACCCUGGCAGAAAAGACCAGAAGCUGGUCCGCAACAAAGUGGUGGCCGAGGAGGAAGAGGUGGCUAUGAAUCCUCGUAUGGAGGGCGAGGAGGUUAUGACCAUGGGGGUCAUAGCCAUGGUGGUCAUGACCGAGGAGGAAGAGGAGGCUAUGACUCAUCGUACGGAGGACGAGGAGGUCAUGAACGAGGGGGUCACGAUCAAGGAGGCCACGAUCGAGGAGGGCGAGGAGGACGUGGUGGUUAUGAUCACGGUGGCAGAGGAGGUGGAAGAGGAAACAAACUCCAAGGAGGGUGGACAGAUGGCGGAGGUGGUGGCUACCAGGAUGGCAACUACAGGGAUAGCAACUACAGAGAUGCAGGUUUUCAAACGGGUGGCUACCAUGGUGGUGGUGGCGGAAGUGGUGGCGGUGGCUACCAAGGAGGAGGCUAUGGUGGCUACCAGUCAUCUUCAUACACAGGAAGUGGCUACCAAGGGGGUGGUGGCUACCAGCAGGACAACAGAUACCAAGAUGGUGGGUCCCACAGUGACCGAGGGGGUGGGCGUGGAGGAGGGAGGGGUGGCCGUGGUGGUCGUGGUGGCCGUGGAGGUCAGGGAGGAGGCUGGGGAGGCAGAGGUGGACAGAAUUUUAAUCAAGGUGGGCAAUUUGAGCAACACUUCCAGCACGGAGGCUAUCAGUAUAAUCAGUCUGGUUUUGGACAAGGAAGACAUUUCACGAGCUGAGGCUGCUAAAAACUUUUGCUUCAGCAGAGCUCAAAUAAUAGAAACCUGGUUUCAGAGUCCUGGCUUAAUCACUUUUGAAUUAGUACAAGUUUGUACAUGUCAGGCAGAAUCUUUGGGGGUGGGAUGUUCUGUGUUCAACUAAGUACAGCUUUCUGUAGACUUUUCUCUCCUUCCCCCCCCAGUCUCUCUGAAUUGAAUGCAUCGUAACUACUCACUGCACUUCACCUAAUCAUAAAUUAAUAGUCAUGCUUUUUUGAUGUUGGACUGGCAUCUGCUCGAAACACGUUGAUUCCAAAACUACCUGCUGUGUUUUGCUUGACACUUUGAUUAAAGAAACAUGAAGACGGGUCUAGUCAAAAUUACAUGUUGCAGUGGAAUUUCUGCAUCCCCCAACCAUUGUUCAAUUAUACAUGAUCUAAAAUCAGUGCUGAAUAUUGCUUUUGGAUUGCUGUCCUGUUGUUUUAGUUGAAGGUACACACGUAUGCAGGCCCACACAGCAACUUCCCUCUAACAGACAGGUUUGUUGUCUAUUAUAUGAGCUCUGCUGUAGAUGCCAUGUUUGGUAGCCUUAUCUUGCAUUAAACAAAGUUUUUCCCACCUGCUCAAGUCUGAAGACUUAACCGCCGCCAAAAUCUGCAAAGAUCAUUUAAAACCAAGCUAAAUUGUGAACUAGUAGUGUACAUAGGCCUGUAGUUAGGUGUAGCAAUUCAAACUGACCUGCAUCCAUCCAAAACAAGUUGCUCCCCCUUCAAACUUAAUUUUUACUUGAAAUCAGCUAGAAAAAAAAAAAAGACAAACUGAAAUUAUUUUAUUUGCAAGUUAAUACCACUGGCUCAGCAGAUCUAGGGCAAUUUGUUUUGGGGGUUGUCUUUUUAAAGAAAUGCACUACGGCCUGGGAAGUUUAGUUCCUGCCUGGAGGAAGCCCUUUUAUUAUUGCUGCAGAAAACAAAGCCUGGCUGAGUUUGAUGUUCUAAUGUAUUGGUUUUUUUCCUUUACUGAAAGCCACAUAAUGCUUCUUGCUGGGUUUUUUGUGUACAUAAACAUUGUCAAGCUGUGAAAGAAAAUGGCUGAAGGUUUGCUGUUGUAUAAAAGGUGAGCAAUAAAAGUAUCUGUAUGUUC